AUGCAGGCGUUGAGAAUUCGCACAAUUGAGCUUGAUGGAAAACUUGUUAAAUUACAAAUAUGGGAUACCGCUGGUCAGGAACGCUUUCGAACAAUAACAACUGGUUAUUAUCGCGGAGCUCAUGGAGUCAUUGUUGUUUAUGAUGUAACCGAUCAAGUUAGUUAUUUUGUUGUUAUUUCGAAAUGGAUUCAGAUUGUUGUGCGAGUUAACAAUUGUAUCUGUCUAAAUAAUGUGAAUCAUUGGCUACAAGAAAUUGAUCGUUUUGCUAAUGAAAACGUGGUGAAAAUUUUAAUUGGCAAUAAAUGUGAUUUAACAGAAAAUAGAGUUGUCACUUAUGACGAAGCUCAAGAAUAUGCUAAUUCAUUAAAUAUUUCGUUUUUUGAAACAAGUACAAAAAAUGCAACAAACGUUGAACAAGCAUUUAUUGCAAUAGCUACACAAGCAAGGAAACGGCAAGAGGCUGAAAUGAGCAGAAGUCCGUCAAGAAACGAAAUUCAACCAACGUGUACAACAAUUCGUGCAAUUGAGCUUGAUGGAAAACUUGUUAAAUUACAAAUAUGGGAUACCGCUGGUCAGGAACGCUUUCGAACAAUAACAAGUCGUUAUUAUCGCGGAGCUCAUGGAAUCUUUGUUGUUUACGAUGUAACCGAUCAGAACUCAUUCAAUAAUGUGAAACAUUGGCUGCAAGAGAUUGAUCGUUUUGCUAAUGAGAACGUGAUGAAAAUGUUAAUUGGCAAUAAAUGUGAUUUAACAGAAAUGAAACGCGUCGAUAGUGUUAUUGCUAAAAAUCGUAAAAUUUGA